CGUUGCAAAUAAGGUGUACCAUCAGAUCCUCUUUGACACCUGUCUAAACAUGCCUCUGAAAUGCUGGCCUCAAGACUCUGGGAGGAAACGGAAGAAAGAUUCUGUGAAAAGCUCACAGGGCGAUCCAAAAACUGGCAAACGAUCCAAACCGCCCAAGAAAGUGUCAGAGGAGAUGGAGAUUGAUGGCGAUGAAGAUGAUGAAGUGGAGGAAAUGUACUUCUCAGCACAGGACUUGCUGAAAAUAAGGGAGGACAUUGUCAUGUUGAUUCGCACACUCCUGCGACUUUUAGGGAAUUUUUCUCUUAAAGACAAACCUCAGAGUACUGACAGCUGUGUUCAGCUUUUCACAGGGCUUACUAACUUUGAACCAGUCAUUGGGGAUCUGUCAUUCAGUCAGAAAAGGAAUGUCGACCAAUUACAGAGCUUGCCUGAGCUGGCCUAUCAUGGACUGGGAAUUCUCUGCUCGGCCAUUCAUGGUGAAGGAGAUGAGUGUCGCCGUCGAGUGUUCCGAAAGUUGCUGUAUGUGAUUCUAAUGAUGAAAACACAAGAGCGGUCCAAGCCGUGUCUUCUUGUCCCGUCUCAGGCUGUUCAUAGUGCCAGAGACCAUGCUGUCCUCUUUAUUAGCCACAUUGUUGAUGAGCAGAGAGAGACCACAUUGCCACUUUUAAGGGUUCUUGUGCAACACAUCUGUCAUCAGAUGGUAGAGAAGUCUGAAUAUCGAGCCAGUGGAGCACAAGCUGUUGGGAAACUAAUGGCUAAGAUGCCGUGUCAGGACUACGCUUCCCUUGUUAAGUGGCUUCAUAACUACUCUAGAAACAAUAAGGUGGCCUUCAGAAUGUUUGCCCUGGAUAUCGCCAUGGCGCUUCUGGAGCAGGACGAAAGGGACGUGGAUGACACGGUGGACCCUGAUAUGGCAGUGUUCCUGUCUCACAGGUUCCUGGUACACAACAUAGUUUACGGUCAUCGUAAUGACAUUUCGCCCACGGUCAGAGGUCACGCACUACACUGCCUGGCCCUGUGUCUGGAGCUCCGUUCCCAGAAUGCCAUGAAAUGUGUCCAUGAACUCUUUUCCAACACAGGUGCUCAGACUAUGCUGGAGACGGGCCGCUCUGAGCAAACUCUGAAGAGAGGAGAGACAGGACAGAAAACCGCCUUGACCUUCAGAACCAUUGAGCUGACGAAGCACAAAAGCAUCACGGCGACCCAUAGGAGUGACAUCAACGCCACCUUACAGAAUGAAGAAACUAUGACUCUGUUUAAGAAGCAUGUCAGUGACCCAAAAACCAAUGCUAGGAAAAGUGCACUGGAGACUGUCAUGAGUCUGCUGAAGCAUGGGGUGGUCUCAUGCAGUGCAGAGAAUCUGAGUAUUCUGUCAGAUCGCUGCAGGGAUCCUGCUGUGUCAGUGAAGAAGAAAGCCAUGCAGUGCCUUAUGGAUCUUCUUGCG